GUACCGAACAAAAAUAUUUUGAUCGUUCGUUGAUUUCCUGUGCAACCUUAUCAAAAUGGAGACAGUACAAUCCCAAUUGACACUACUGAAGAUAUCCGUCGAGACAAGAAGAUGAAGUCGAACAGCGCGAAAAUGUUAGCAGGUCUCGCACUUUGCUUGUGCUUACAAUGUAUUUCUGCAAAAUCGUUGUCUGGAUUGAAAGACCAAGCAUUUAUGAUUUUUGGGUCUCAAAAGACGUCGAAUAUUUUGAGGAGACAUGCUCGGUCAGCAGCAUCCUCAAUUACAAGCAUGCGAGUAACAAGUGUGGUUAGGUCAAGAUUCGCAAAAGUGACAACUGUCAGUGAAAUGGAAAACACUCACGAUGAAGCAAAAGAAUUAACUUUUACAAUAAGAUUACCAGAUGCUGCAUUUAUUACUGGAUUUGAUAUGUUAGUGGACGGAGUAACUUUUGUUGGGAAAGUUAAAGAAAAGGCUCUUGCAGAAGAAGAAUAUAAAAAAGCAGCAGAAAGUGGACAUUCAGCUGGUCUGAUCACAGCCAAAGUCAGAGAAACACAUACGUUCAGCGUUGCUGCCAACGUACCAGCACGUUCCAGUGUAACAUUCACAUUAGUUUAUCAAGAACUUUUGAAAAGGAAAUUCUCUAAAUACAAUCAUGAAAUUUUUGUUCAUCCGGGGCAGAUUGUGGAUGACUUUGUAAUUGAUGUUUACAUUACGGAACGAAGUGGAUUUACUCUUCUGGACUCUAAGUCACCACAUAAGGUAGGCGAGAUAGGCGAUGUCGAUCCUUUGAGUGGAUAUGACGAGGAAGGAAAUGUUCCGAUUGACAUUGAUGUCAGGCGAAGCAAAUAUCAAGCUAAAUUGACAUUCAAACCCUCACAAACUCAGCAACGUCGUCUGCUCAUGAUUCCCGAAAAUGAUCGCAAAGUGACAGUGAUCUAUGAUGUUACGAGGGAAGAGCUCGGAGGAGAUAUUCAAAUAAGAAAUGGAUAUUUUGUUCACUAUUUUGCGCCAGAAAAUUUACCAGUUCUUCCGAAGAAAAUUGUAUUUGUGAUUGACCGCAGUGGAUCAAUGUCUGGCACUAAAAUGACACAAACAAAAACAGCUUUUGAAACUGUUUUGAAAGAAAUGUCUGAACUUGAUGAAUUCAACAUCGUGACGUUUGCAAAUGAUGUCACAUUGUGGCGAAAAAAGCUAGUCAGCGUAACGGAACAAAAUGUAAAUGACGCAAUUAUUUACGUCAGAAACAUUAGAGCUGGAGGAGGAACCAAUUUAAAUGAUGGAUUGUUACGAGGCGCCAAACAAUUGAAACAUGUAAAACCUGGCGACAGGGUGUCUUCUGCAAUCAUCACACUAUCAGAUGGUGAUCCCACCUCUGGUGUAACGGAUGAAACUAAGAUACGAUUGAACGUCAAAAAAGCUGUGAAAGGAAAAUUCUCCGUUUUUUGCCUUGGAUUUGGAAAAUAUUUGAAUCACGAUUUCCUGAAACGUAUGGCAAAUGAAAACGACGGUAUCUCAAGACAAAUUUAUGAAGAUUCAGACGCUUCUUUACAACUGGAAGGAUUUUUCAAAGAAGUUGCCGCUCCUCUGCUACUCCGUGUCCAAAUGACUUACUCUGGAUCAGCGGUCUCUGACGUCAGCAAAACGAAUUACGAGAAAUACUUCCGAGGAUCGGAAGUCAUGGUAGUUGGUGCAAAGUUGGAUCAUGACAAACCACUUAAAUCAACAAUCGUUGGGACGUCGGUCGAUGGUGACGUUGAAUACAGUGUAGUCAGUAAUGAAUUCGAUGAAGAUUAUCAACAUUGGUAUGAAGAUACCGGUGAUUUCGACGAUUUCAUCGAACGAAUUUGGGCCUAUUAUACGAUUAAGGAGAAACUCAAACAAAAACUUUUUGUAAAGAGUGAUGCGGAGGUAAAGAAACUCGUUGAUGAAGCUAUGACACUAGCACUAAAAUAUCACUUUGUGACUCCAUUGACAUCAUUGGUUGUUGUAUUACCAGAGGAUGAAAUAACGACUACUCCGUCAACCUCAACGGAAUUUCCUCCUUUACCACCAUGUUGGGACAGGGGCCAGCCAAUACCGGAUUAUAUUAUUGAACCACCUAUUUUGUGUCCCUAUGUUAUUGAUGAAGAAGCAGAGGCAAGCAUUCCGUCUCAUCAGCCAAGUCCAGGCAUCUCACCUUCACUACGCAGCGGUCGAUAUAUGGCUGCACCAGGUCCUGCUGGUAUUCAGCCAAUGCCAGCAUCGCUUGGUAGAAUUUUUCAUGCCAGUGCUCAGAUGAUGCACUACAGCCCGCAACAAGCAGGCAUUAUGGAAUAUGACAGUAUGUACGGCUAUAACGAUUACUAUUCUGCUCCAACUAUCGAAAGAGCUAGCAACUGCAGUGGCACCCUUAAUAGCAACAGUGGAAUAGUCUCCAUGCCUGGACUAAAUCACUCAUUGAGCACAGUGUACUGUGAAUGGGAUAUCCAGUUGCCUGAAGGAUCAUGGAUCGAUUUAAAGGUGGAGAAAUUGGACAUGUCGUCAAAUGAUGUUGUCAUCAAGAGCAAUCAACAAGAACUUGUGAACUACCAGCAUGGUGUUAAUACCGCAAAAUAUUUUUACAUUUCUCAUAACGAAAUCAGCGUUGUAAUGACCGUGUAUCCCGAGGAAACCAAACAACAAGGAAUUGUACUGAGUUACCAAAUAUUCUCACCUAAUGAUUCACUGCCUCAAUCACCGGGAAUCGUUCCACCUUCGAAUACAAAUGAGCGCGCUAACUGCGGCCACACAAUAACCCCGUUGGACGGAGAAUCUGGAUUCUUCAUGUCACCAAAUUAUCCUUCAGCCUAUCCCAGUAAUUCACACUGCUCCUGGCGAUUCGAAAAUUUUGACUCAACAAAAGAAUUACAAAUAACAUUUGUUGAUAUGGACAUAGAAACAAACGGAGACGGACAAUGCACGCAUGACAGAGUACUUAUAGCAGCAACAAUCCAUGGAGUUUCAGAAUACUGCGGCGCUCAACCGGCCCAUAUUUUCUCAAGCAUCGAAGAAGUUGUUUAUGUUAAAUUUUUCAGCGAUGAAAAUUUAGAAACAAGUGGAUUUAAGGCGUACUAUGAAUUUGUUCACAGGGGUCACUGAUUCAAAAAAUUCAUCUGAGAUAUUUUUCUUCUCAAAAAUCAUGAUUUCAGUUGUGAAUCUAUUGUUUUGUGUCAGAGUAUUUCACUCAGUACUUCUAGUGAAAAUACCUUUAUUACCCUUUGACUUGAGUUUUGUUAUUAUUUCGAUAUUUUGGCGCAUUUUAAUUUAGACCAUACUCGACGUUCUAUUUUUUGAAAUGUAACAAUGUACUUUCGAGAAGCAAAACAUACAUAUAUAUGCUGAAAAUAUGGUGUUAAUUAAUUGAUCAAAUAUUCUGUUUAUAAUUUUCCUAGAUUUAUAUUUCCCAAUUUCCAAUAAAACUGAAUUUGAUUCACGAUUUAUUCAUGAUUAAGAUUGAAAAGUGAGUUGUAGGGAAAAUAGGGCAGAAAGGAAGUAAGAAUAGAAAUUUAUGUUUAUGUUAGAAAAUUAACUAUAUUUGCUGGCAAGAACAAGAGUUCUGGGGUCAAAAUCAGGGUUGGAGAACCUCCUGUGAGAUAUGCCCUAAUUUAGUCUAUUAUGUUGCAUGCCAACAAUAAUGUGAAGUUAUUUUUUUAAUGGUUUUAUGGAGGAGCAAGGAAGCGGUAGUCCUUGUUGACUAUGUUAAACAA